AUGGUCCCAAAGCCGGAUGGCACCCUCCGCUUUUGUAACGACUUCCGCCGCCUGAACGAAGUCUCCGAAUUCGACGGGUACCCCAUGCCUCGGGUGGACGAACUGCUGGACCGGCUAGGAAGGGCCCGGUAUAUCAGCACCCUAGACCUCACCAAGGGCUAUUGGCAGCGGAUGAUGGACAUCCUCCUGCGGCCUCACCAAGCUUACGCGGCCGCCUACCUGGAUGACGUCGUGGUCCACUCCGAGGCGUGGGACGAACAUCUGGAUCGUCUGCGGAGGGUGCAUUCGGAGCUCCGGCGGGCUGGACUUACCGCCAACCCCCGCAAAUGCCACCUAGCCCUCUCUGAGGCCAAGUACCUGGGCUACCAAGUCGGCCGAGGACUCAUCCGGCCGCAAGACAAGAAAGUUGAGGCCAUCCACGCCGCACCAAGACCCGAGACAAAGACCCAGGUACUCCGCGCCCCGGACUUUAGCUGCCCCUUCCUGCUGCAGACGGAUGCUUCCGACACAGGACUAGGAGCGGUCUUCUCCCAAAUCCAGGAAGGUGAGGAGCAUCCGAUCAUCUACAUCAGCAGGAAGCUGUCCCCCGCCGAGAGGAAGUACGCCGCCGUGGAGAAGGAGGCCCUGGCCAUCAGGUGGGCAGUCCUGGAGCUCCGGUACUACCUCCUGGGCCGCAAGUUCACCCUGUAUGCAUUCAGAGGAGAGAAAAUCAAAACUGCUCUUAGACGUGACGGACGAUUCAACAAUGUCAUUUUCAGGAAACACUGUGCUCUGUCUGAGUUUAGUGAUGAGUUAAAGCAUGAAUGGUCAAAUCUUGUAGACAAUCUUGACGGAAAGUCUUUCCAGGUAGUUGUUCUCAGUAAUAAGAAUCAGCCAGACAGUCAAGAUGAUUUGACUCCUGUCAAGACUAAACCUAAUGUAGCUUCAGGUGCUGAUGUGGCAGAAACUGCCGGCUCAAGUCAGAAUCCCAUCAGCACUGAGCAAGAAAAAAAACAUGAUGGAAACACAAAGUCCACAAACCCUUCAACUAAACGGUAUGCCGUUAAACCUAUAGCAGAUUCUGAAGAGAUUCUGGGAAUUCUGCGUGAACAGUUUCCAGUUUUACUGAAGCAAUUAAAGCAGCGAGAGAAACUAAAGACCAAAUCUGAUGUUCAGAAGUUCUUCAGAGCAGAAUAUGGUAAAAGUGUUGAGAAUUUCUUGAAGGUGAAGAAAGUGAAGCAGCUCAUGAAGCUCUCGGACUCUGUGUGUCAGAUUCGACAGGAGGGGUCUGCUUUAGGAACUGGUUUCUUGCUCUUUGACAGAUACGUCCUCACUAAUGCUCAUGUUUUUGGAGAAUCUACUGAUGUUCCACAAGUUAACGCUGCACAGUUCACAGCUGUAUUUGGUUAUGAAGACCUGGAUUCAGAGGAUAGUAAGCACAUACCAGUUGAACAGGUCACAGCUUACUUUCAUAGAAACGAUGAUAAAGGAAGGUAUCUUGACUAUGCUCUUCUUGAGCUUGAUGAUGUUGAUAAAAUUGCUGAGUAUCCUAGAUUGCUUGAUUGUUACCAUCCAAACGUCCCUAUUAACAGAGGUCAGAUCUGUAUUGUGGGACAUCCAGGUGAAGGGGUUAAAAAAAUGGACCCCUGCUUCAUCAUUGAGAGAGAGAAUCAACAAUUAAUUCAUAUUGUGAAGGAUUGCUCGGAAAAGAAAUGGGACUUUUCAGUAUAUGAAAACCAGAUUCCUUAUGACUCUUGUUUCUUUGAAGGAUCUUCUGGCUCUCCAGUUUUUGAUGUAGACUGCAAUCUGAUUGGCAUCCACACUGGUGGUUAUAAGUACGAAGUAGAAGAUAAAUCUUGGUACAUCAUGGAAUAUGGCUUUUCCAUGCAGCCCAUCCUGGAUAACAUCAGAGCACAGGCUAGGAUGAAAGGUUUGCCAGACAUCGUCAGUGUCAUAGAAGCCUACAGCAAUGUGUCUGGGACUGCAGAGCAACAGAAUCAGAAUGACAUUGAGAUGAAAGAUGCUGAAGAGUCUGAUGAGCUUUGAAUGAAUCUGUUCACACGUCUGUGCUGCCAUUUUUGAUUUGGGGUGACUGUAAAACCUUCUGAGAGACCUAAACAUCAGACUACGAUUUGUCAAUGUCAUUAUGGGUUUUCACUUUUCAUAUAAUUUUUAGAGAUGAUUGAGUGGUCAAAAGUUAUGUUAUGUUUCUCUUAUUUUUGAUUAA